AUGGUUACUUAUGAGGGUGCUAGCCAAGUGAAGGAGAAUAAGAUGGAUUCUCUCAUUUGUCAAUAUGAGUUAUUCAAGAUGAAAUCGGAUGAGACCAUUAGUCAAAUGUAUGAUAGGUUUGUGCAGAUUAUAGAAGAUAUUAAAUCCCUUAGGAAGACAUUCACAAAUGAGGAGCUAGUGAAGAAGAUUCUAAGAAGUCUUCCUAAGGAGUGGCUACCCAAAGUAAUUUCACUCAAGGAUUCUAAAGACUUGAGUAAGGUGCAACUUGAUGAGCUGUUGGAAAAUCUCAUUGACUAUGAGAUGACCCUCAAAAGAGAACAAGUGGCAGAACCCAACAAGGCCAAGAAGAACAUUGCCUUCAAAGUGUUUUCUGAAAACUCUAGUGAUGAUGAUGAAGAGUUUGAUGAAGAAGAAUUGGCCCUAGUGGCAAAGAGAAUAAGGAAGAUGCUCUUCCAAAAUAAGAAGUUCAUUCCAAAGAGGAACUUCAAGAAGGACAAGGGUGAAAGUAGUAAGAGGAAACCUCUCAUAUGGUUUGAAUGCAACAACCCAGGUCACAUUAGAACGGAUUGUCCCAUAUUGAAGAAGUCUUUCAAGAAAUUCAAGAAGAAGGCUCUUAAAGCAACAUGGGAUGAAUCAAGUGACUCCGAAGAUGAGGAGAUUGGUGAUCAAGUUGCCCAAAUGUGCUUCAUAGCAAUGGAGGAAAGCUCCAAUGAGGUAACUUUAAAUGAUGAUUUUAUUGAAUUUUCUUAUGAUGAACUAGUUAGUGCUCUUAAAGUUAUGAAUAAUGAAUUAGAAUUAAGUCAUAAGAAAAAUAAACUUUUGAAAAGUGAGCUUGCUAGUUUGAGGAAGGAGAAUGAGACCUUAAUUAAGGAUGAUAAACUUUUAGAUAGUAAUGUGCAAAAAUCCUUAGAUGAGCUUUCAUUAGAAAAUGAGAAGUUGAGAAAUGAAAUUGCUGAGCUAAAAACUUCUCUCUCCAAAUUUGCUAAAGGAAAGGACAAACUUGAUGCAAUUUUGGACUCUCAAAGGUCUCCUAGCAUCAAGUAUGGACUUGGCUAUAGCAAAUUUGCCCAAGCACCUCCUAAGACCAUUUUUGUUAAAGUAUCUAGUUCUAGUGAGCCUAGUCCCCAAGUGCUUAGUCCAAAAUGGUCCAAUCCUAAAGGAUAA